GGCCUUCUUCUACCUGCUCUGCUUCGGCUUUCCGCUUCUGGCUUCACCACCCCACCACUCCUCUUGCUUGCGGCCUCGUCCAGCGGUAAACACCGAGCGCUGAUCCAAAAGCGAGGGGAAAAGAUCUAAAGCGCGGCAGGUGAAAGAAUCGGAAACCAGGAACGCAUUCCCACUCCUCGCCCAGCACGGCUCAGAUAUAAGCUCGCCAUCACCAGAACCACCCCUUUCCGUCCUCCUCUCCCACUCCCUCCCUCUUCCCUCCUCCCGCCCUCUGCCAUUGCCCCUCGACGAAGAGAGAGAGAGAGAGAGCGCGAGCGAGCCGGGCCGCCCCAGGCCGUCGUAGCUAGGUGACGCCACCAUGUCCGGCGGCGCGCUCCUCGUCGCCCUGCUGGCGGCGGCGGCGGUCAUCAUCGUCUCGUCCCCUGCCCCGGCCAAUGCCGCGGUGUCGUACGACCACCGCGCCGUGACCAUCAACGGGCAGCGGCGCGUGCUCAUCUCCGGGUCAAUCCACUACCCGCGCAGCACGCCGGAGAUGUGGCCGGACCUGCUGCAGAAGGCCAAGGACGGCGGCCUCGACGUGGUCCAGACGUACGUGUUCUGGAACGGGCACGAGCCGGUGCAGGGGCAGUACUACUUCGGCGACCGCUACGACCUCGUCCGCUUCGUCAAGCUCGCCAAGCAGGCCGGCCUCCUCGUCCACCUCCGCAUCGGCCCCUACGUCUGCGCCGAGUGGAACUUCGGUGGGUUCCCCGUGUGGCUCAAGUACGUCCCCGGCAUCAGCUUCCGGACGGACAACGGGCCGUUCAAGGCGGCGAUGCAGGCGUUCGUGGAGAAGAUCGUGUCGAUGAUGAAGGCGGAGGGGCUCUUCGAGUGGCAGGGCGGGCCCAUCAUCCUGGCGCAGGUGGAGAACGAGUACGGGCCCAUGGAGUCCGUCAUGGGCGGCGGCGCCCAGCCCUACGCCAGCUGGGCAGCCAAGAUGGCCGUCGCCACCGGCGCCCGCGUGCCCUGGGUCAUGUGCAAGCACGACGCCCCCGACCCCGUGAUCAACACCUGCAACGGGUUCUACUGCGACUACUUCACCCCCAACUCCAACAGCAAGCCCACCAUGUGGACGGAGGCCUGGAGCGGUUGGUUCACGGCGUUCGGCAAGCCGGUGCCGCACCGCCCGGUGGAGGACCUCGCCUUCGCCGUGGCGAGGUUCAUCCAGAAGGGCGGGUCCUUCGUCAACUACUACAUGUACCAUGGCGGCACCAACUUCGACCGGACCUCCGGCGGGCCCUUCAUCGCCACCAGCUACGACUACGAUGCGCCAAUCGACGAAUACGGUCUGCUGAGGCAGCCGAAAUGGGGUCACCUGAGGGACCUGCACAAGGCCAUCAAGCAGGCCGAGCCGGCGCUCGUCUCCGGCGACCCGACGGUCCAGUCCAUCGGCAACUACGAGAAGGCGUACGUGUUCAAGUCGAGCGGCGGCGCGUGCGCGGCGUUCCUGUCCAACUACAAGACGAACGCGCCAGCGACCGUGGUGUUCAACGGGCGGCGCUACGAACUGCCGGCGUGGUCCAUCAGCGUGCUGCCGGACUGCAAGACCGCCGUGUUCAACACCGCGACGGUGAAGGAGCCGUCGGCGCCGGCGACGAUGAGCCCCGCCGGCGGCUUCUCGUGGCGGUCGUACAGCGAGGCCACCAACUCCCUGGACGACCGCGCCUUCACCAAGGACGGCCUGGUUGAGCAGCUCAGCAUGACGUGGGACAAGUCCGACUACCUGUGGUACACCACCUACGUCAACAUCGACUCGAGCGAGCAGUUCUUGAAGUCCGGCAAGUGGCCGCAGCUGACCAUCUACUCCGCCGGCCAUGCCCUGCAGGUGUUCGUCAACGGGCAGUCAUACGGCACCGCGUAUGGCGGCUACGACAGUCCCAAGCUGACGUACAGCGGGUACGUCAAGAUGUGGCAGGGCAGCAACAAGAUCUCCAUCCUCAGCGCCGCCGUCGGCCUCCCUAACCAGGGCACCCACUACGAGACGUGGAACGUCGGCGUCCUCGGCCCGGUGACGCUGUCCGGCCUGAACGAGGGGAAGCGGGACCUCAGCAACCAGAAAUGGACGUACCAGAUCGGCCUCCACGGCGAGUCGCUGGGCGUGCACACCGCCGCCGGGAGCUCCUCCGUCGAGUGGGGCGGCGCCGCCGGGAACCAGCCGCUGACAUGGCACAGGGCCUACUUCAACGCGCCGGCCGGCGGCGCGCCGGUGGCGCUGGACCUGGGCAGCAUGGGGAAGGGCCAGGCGUGGGUGAACGGGCACCACAUCGGGCGGUACUGGUCGUACAAGGCCGCCGGCGGCGGCGGGUGCGGCGGCUGCGGCUACGCCGGCACCUACAGCGAGACCAAGUGCCAGAGCGGCUGCGGCGACAUCUCACAGCGGUACUACCACGUCCCCAGGUCGUGGCUCAACCCCAGCGGCAACCUCGUCGUGCUGCUCGAGGAGUUCGGCGGCAACCUCUCCGGCGUCACGCUGGUGACCAGGACGGCAUGAGGAGGGAGAGGGAAGAUUGGAAGAAGACGAGGAGGAGGAGGAGGAGGAGGAAUUGUGAAUAAUUUUCUGGGAACUUGGAAGAGACGAGGAAAGGGCACACACAUGAUACCGAUUGUUUCUUGUUCGUAUCUAUACGAAUACGGCGUACAUACGGACACGAUUGGUGAGUCGUUGCGAUUAUACGUACGUACACAGAAAAAAGUAGUAUUUAUUGGAGAUGUAUUAUUGGAGUUGGCCGCCGGCACGGCUGCAGGAACUGCAGCUCCGGAACGGCCGGCCGGUACACAAUCUCUGUUGAAUUGAAUACAGUAGUAUGAUUUUGCUCUGCAUUCUGCAGAAUGCCUUGGUUCACGCAGAAAUUCAUUUUAUUUGGAGAAAUUUGCAGCAUUGAGUUGUAAAUGGGUUAUUUAUUCCUGCCAUUAUGUAUAUGAAGGAACUAAGUAUUCUUUUACCCCUUUUUUACCACUGUCUAA